AUGUUAAAGAGUAGCAAGUUGCUUCUUCUUUUAUUCACCUUUUUGAACCUUGCAAAAAGUAAAAAGACGAAACGUACUUUACAUUACAAUUUCUUGGGCUCAUUUAAUGCUAAUCUAGGAAAUCAUGAUAUGGUUCUUAUGCCGUAUAAACACAAAAAGGGAAUAAGGGAAAGUGUAAAAAAACAUAAAUUAGGAGAACAUUUCUUAAAAUAUAGUAAAAACGAAAAUGUGAGUAAUUCAAAUUAUACCAUUACCCAGGACUGUGGCGUUAGGGAUAGGAAGAAAAGAAAAAUCGUACUAAGAGAAAGUAUAAGUGGAAAUUUGUUUAAGGAUGAUAAUAAUACAGUAAUGAAAAACGGGGAAAUUAAUAUUACGGCAUCAGAUAGAAUAGAAAAUGCUAAUGAACAACCAGCAGAAUCUAUAAACAAAGAAACCUUGAAAGAGAAUGUGUUUGAUUAUGAUGUUAACAAUCAAUUGGAAAAAGAAAUAAUUUCAGGAAAAAUGGAAAAUCAAAAGAAUGAAAUUAUAAAAAAAUUAAAAAUGCCAAUAAUAGGAACCCAGCUAAAACCAUCAGGGGGGUUUACAAAAGAAAUUCUAAAAUUAAUAAGGGACAGUAAUGAUUACAUUAACGAAGUUAAUGAAGAAAUAAUAAAAGAUAAGAUAGACAAAAAAAUGAAUGAAAAUGAUUUAUCAUUUUUUGACACAGAAAAAACAUUAGAAGAACAUGAAAUUAAGUAUCUAAAUAAAGUAUAUGACAACAAUCAUGUUUUGAAUAUUUAUAAUUUUCUCCUUGUAUGGAGAGAAAGAAAAAAUAUUGAUUUGUCAGUUUUUGUUUCUAAAAUUACUGAACAUUCGAAUCUCUUACCAGGCGAGAGAACAGUAAUUAAAUUUUCGGAAAUUGAAAAAGUUCAAUUUUUAAAAAAAAUAAAAACAAACAAAAAUGUUUGUGUAGCUAUGAUUUUUGUUGACAAUAAGGGUAAAAAUACAAGCGAAGCUGCCAUAAGUCACAAUAUGUUUCCUAUAGGAAUUCUUGCACACCCGUUAGACUUAUCCCUAUUAGACAAAAGUGGAGAAAUAUCCGUUUUAAAUUUGUACCGAUUUAAAAUAAACAGUUAUAAUGUUACAAACACGGAUUUUCUUGUGAAUGCUGAACUGUUUGUUGAUAAUAAUAAAAAACUUAAUAAUUUUGAAUUAACACAAGAGAAUAAAAAAAUUAUUAUGAACUUGUAUGACAAAAUAUUAGAACUUAAAAUCAAAUACACUGAAAAAAUUGGGGAUAAGAAAGAAAAUGAAAAAUUUAAACAUCUUGAGAAAAUCACUGAUAGAAUUGAUGAAUAUGUAAGUGUUCUUAACAUAAACAAAUCCAUCGAUUUUAAAAAUAACGAUUUAAAUUUCUUCACCUCGUUAUAUUUGGAAUAUUUUUCCUUUCUGGCCAUAGACAUACACGCAACUAUACCAACCAAGCUGCAGAUGAUGUAUACAGACGAUACAGAAAUGAGAUUGCAUAAUGUCAAGACGUUUUUGAUGCAAAUAUAUGACGAAUUAAAAGUUAAGCUAAGGGGGUUAUAA